AUGGAGGUGGAUCCGACGGUCGAGACGGACGAUUUCGACCAGAUGGCGGGGCAACUGGCGCAGUCAACCGGGCUGGGCGGCGCAGGGGGACCAGCGGGGGGGCUGAGCGGGCUGCUGGCGGGCAGCGGCAUGGGGAGCAUGUCGGAGCUGGCAGGCGCUAUCCCUGGGAUUGACGAGGCCAUGAGCUUCGGCGAGAUGAUCAAGCUCGUGCAAACAAUGGACUACAGCUGCAUCGUGUUUGACACGGCCCCCACGGGGCACACCCUGCGCCUGCUGCAGUUCCCCUCCACUCUCGAGAAGGGGCUCGGCAAGCUCAUGGCGCUCAAAAACAAGUUUGGCGGGAUGAUGGACCAGCUGACACGGAUGAUGGGGGUGGGCGAGGAGCUAGGGGAGGACGUGGUGACGUCAAAGCUGGAGAGCAUGAAGAGCGUGGUGGAGAAGGUCAACAUGCAGUUCAAAGACCCUGACAUGACCACGUUCGUGUGUGUGUGCAUCCCCGAGUUCCUCUCUCUCUACGAGACAGAGCGCCUGGUUCAGGAGCUCGCUCGCUUUGAGAUAGACACGCACAACAUUGUCAUCAACCAAGUGCUCUUCCCGGAGGAAGCCGGGGAGUCGAAGCUGCUAGCAGCGCGGGUGAAGAUGCAGCAGAAGUACUUGGAUCAAUUCAACGAGCUGUAUGAGGAUUUCAACAUCACGCGCUUACCAUUGCUGGAGGAGGAGGUGCGAGGAGUGGACGCCCUCAAAUCUUUCGGGAAACACCUCAUCACACCUUACGUUCCCCGGCCAGUGCCACCUGUCGCAACACGAUUGGUGGAGCUGGAGCAAGAGGUGAAGGAGCUUCGACAGAAGCUAGAGGAGACACAGAAGGAGCUCGCCAAGUAUAAGACCUCGUGA